CGGCCAUGUUUUGUUAUCAGAAUUGAUUUCCGUUGUUGUUAUACAUGUAUCAUUAUUUGGUUUGUUUUAUAGCUAUCAAAGGAAACAUUUCCUCAUUAUGAAUUGAGUACCUUUCUGGAGAUGAGAUCCGUCAACUUCAGUUAAAGAACAGAAUAGAUUGUUUUAUGAAGAGUUUGAUGUGUGUACAGUCUUACAGAAAAAAAAUUCAUUAGUAAUUAGUAAAACAAAAAUCAACAAACUAAUCCAAAAUGCUGGGAGUGAAUUCUACCCUACAGUGUGAUGUCUGUAAUCUUUCCUUCAGUAGAAUGGCUGCUCUACAAUGCCAUAAAGCAAUUCAUACUGAAAAUGAAGACAGUGGUUUUCACUGUGAUGUUUGUGGUAAAUCAUUUAAGAACGAGGCUGAAAUGAAGAGACACCAAAAAACUCACACUGGGAAAAAACCUCACACAUGUGAUAUUUGUUAUAAAUCAUAUAGUACGCGUAAUAUCUUAAACAAGCACGUUAUGCUUCACACCGGGGAAAAACCUUUCAAGUGUGAUGUCUGCGAAAAAACCUUUCGUCAAAAUCGUGAUCUACAGGUUCACAAGGCUAUACACACAGGAGUUAAACCCUAUACGUGUGACCUCUGCAGUAAAUCAUUCGCAGAUGAUAGUAAUUUAAGAAGGCAUCGUCAAAUUCAUGAAGUCACAGGACAGACCUUCAACUGUGAAUUUUGUUCGAAAACAUUUAAUCGCAAGACAUCCUUAAUAAAUCAUAUAAAAGUUCAUACUAGGGAAAAUUGUUUUGAAUGUGAGGUCUGUAAUAUAUCCUUGACAUCCAAGGGCAGUCUACGGAAUCACGCUCGGCUUCAUUCCACCGAAAAACCAUACAAAUGUGAUGUUUGUGAUAGAUCAUUUAACCAGAAGCAUUCGCUUUCUGUACACGAGAGUACUCAUACGGGCGAAAAAAAGUUCAUCUGCGAUGUAUGCGGUAGGUUAUUUGCAGACAAAAGCAACCUGCGGAAGCACAGCAAAUUGCACGCUGGUGAAACGUUUGACUGUGGUUAUUGCGAUAAAACGUUCCGUCUGGAAGCGUAUUUAAAGAUUCAUCUGAAGAUCCAUACAGGUGAAAAUCAGUGCUACAUCUGCGGCAAAUCAUUCAGUACGCAGAACGUUCUAUUCAAACAUCUCAUGCUUCAUACGGGAGAGAAAAAUUUUCAUUGUGAAACUUGCGGCAAAUCAUUUCGUCAAAAACGUGAUCUUCAAGUUCACACGAUUAUUCACACUGGUAUUAAACCGUAUCGAUGCAAUGACUGCGGUAAAUUCUUUGCUGAUCCCAGCAAUUUAAGAAAACACAUCAAAAUACACUCAGGGGAAAAAUUCAACUGUGAUUAUUGCUCAAAAUCAUUCAAUAUAAUUCAAUAUCUGCACAAUCACAUCAAAGUCCACACGGGGGAGAAAUUUGCUCAGCGGCAAUUGAAACUCGCACAACCCAAACAAGUAAAAACUUCUGACAAAGUAAAAGAUGUUGUCCACUGGGAGUGUAAACUGUGUAAUAAAACAUUCACAAGAAAAGCUGACAUGCAGACACAUCAGAGAAUUCAUACGGGUGAAAAGCCAUUUGAAUGCCCCUUCUGUCAUAAGUUAUUCAAUCAGAAGGGAUGUCUGAACACCCAUAUUAAAAUUCAUACUGGCGAAAAGCCCUUUAUGUGCAACACCUGUGGUAAAUCGUUCAGUAUGCGGAGUAAUCUAUUGAAACACGAAAUGAUCCAUACCGGUGAAAAACCCUAUUCCUGUAUGGUGUGUCAUAAAACAUAUCGUAGAAAUCGCGAUCUCCACGGUCACAUGAGCGUUCAUACGGGAGAAAAACCAUUUGUAUGCGAAACAUGUGGUAAAGGUUACGCUGAUUCCAGUAAUCUACGCAAACAUCGCAGAAUCCACACUGGAGAGUCGAGGCCGUUUAAUUGUGAUGGGUGUGAUAAAUCAUUUAGCCUAAAAAAAUAUUUACAGAAGCAUAAAAUGUCAUGUAGCAGUAAUGAGCAAUCAGAAUAAUUAUUGAUUUAGAUGAGUCAUUGGUAUACAUGUAAUUAUUAUAAUUAUUAAUUGUAAUUAGUGAUUGGAAUGGUUAUUAAUUUUAAUAAGUGAUUGGAAUGAUUAUUAAUUG